AAUCUCUAUAGGAAAAUAAACAAAGGAAUCGCGAUAACAAUCCUAAACCCUCUAGUCCACUCAAAACCCUAAUUUCGCAAUUCAACCACAGUCUUCGUCGCGCCGCCGUCUCUCCCUACUCUCACCGGGAAAAUGACUACCACCGCUGCUCCUCCGCCGUCAUACCACUCAAAGAUCGACUCCAAGAACGUCAACAGAGCCCUGAAGUCUCUCCUAAAAUGGCGUGACUCAAAAUCAAACCCCCGGAACUCAGAGCCCCUCGAUAACAACAACAGCAGCAGCGACGGUGGCUUCGUCUACCUCGUCGUAACCCUAAAGAAGCCUCCCCAGAUCGAUCGCACCAAUCCAAUAACGAUCCCUCUCCCUCACCCUCUCAUCGACCUCGCCGAAUCCCCUCCUCCGGAGCUCUGCCUGAUCAUCGACGACAAGCACAAGAACAAGAUCACAAAGGAGACGGCUCUGAAGAAGAUCGAAGCGGAGAAGGUUCCGAUCACGGCCGUGAUCAAGGUCUCGAAGCUGAAGACGGAGUUGAAGAAGCUGGAGGUGGAGGAAGGGAGGCGUCACGGUCACGAGGUGUACUUCGCGGAGAGGAGGCUGAUGCCGAUGUUGCCGAAGCUUCUGGGGAAGGAGUUCGUGAAGAGGAAGAAGAGUCCGAUCGCGAUUAACUUGAGGAGCGGUAACUGGAAGGAGCAGGUUGAGAGAGUGUGUGAAUCGGCUUUGUUCUUUGUUGGGACGGGGACUUGUAGUGUUGUGAAGGUUGCGAAGUUGUCUAUGGGAAGGAAGGAGAUUGCGGAGAAUGUUGUGGCUGUUAUGGAAGGGAUCGCUGGUUCGAUUCCUGGUGGAUGGAAGAAUGUUAACUUGUUUCAUUUGAAGUUGCUUGAGAGCUUGGCUUUGCCUGUUUAUGAAUCAGUUUGAGAUAUGGAGAGGUUGAGAAUGUUUUGAAACUUAACAGUAAGGUGAUGAUUUGGUUGGUUGGUUGGUUGGUUUCAGUUUUUUUUUUGGGGUUAAUUUUAGUGGAGUUUUUUUCUCUUA